CUUCACGGUCCCACAGGCUGCGGACAGUCCAGGGAGGACCCGAGAACAGCCCUCCUGAGAGGAAGCCUGAGAGCUGUACCUGUGUUUCCGUCACCGAGCCGUGUUGUGGUUGCGUAUGUGCGCGGACGCCCGCGGAAUGAUUUGGAGAUGACCUGAGGAAACUUUCGGCUACGUUUGGGACGAGAAAUGCUCCGAAACCUUGACAUCUUCACUCGGCGACUCUUCUAGACUGAGGGAAUCAAUGUGGUUUCAUUCGAAAGGACGUGACGUCCGAAACUCGCCUGAACGUUGAUACGUCUUGGGAGUGAUGCACUGGCUUCCCCUGGUUGCCAUGGUGAUCGCCUCGGCCCUGCUCUUCCUUAGGUUACCUCUGCCCAGGCUUGCUGCUGCAACGAUGGAGCCUGGCAACAUCAGAACCGGUUCAUCUGCGGACUACAACUCCCAUGAGGACUUCAACUCAAGUGCCAAGAACACAGAAAAAAUGCCACACAGAACAGCAGAUGCAUACAAUCUGAAGGAGAACACCUUGUCAUAUUCUGUGUACAAGGAGUCUUUAUCCAAAAGGAAGCAAAGCCAGGAGACGCUAGCAGCAGGGGAAGACUCAGUCAGGACAGGAGAUAAGGCAGACCUUAGAUCACUAGGUUUAAAAAGUCAAGUCAGUGCUUUCCAGGACAGUCGCAUUCUAAUGGACUACAGACCCCAAGGUGGCCGCUUUAAGGACGAUGGUAGCUUUGAGGGAGCUGGGACUCGGGCUAGGAAGUCCCUGUUGAAAGAUAGGGACAGCGAAAGGACCCGGGGGAGGAAGAACCUGCUGAAAGACUGGGACAGUGGUGGGACUCAGGGUAAGAAGACCUUGCUGCAAGAUAAGGACAGUGAUGAGACUCUGGGUAAGAAGACCUUGCUGCAAGAUAGAGACAGUGAUGGGACUUUAGAUAAGAGGACUCUACUAAAAGACAGGGAUAACGAGAACUCCAUUGUGAAUGAGCUGCUGCCAGACUCGCUGCCUGUGGACAGAGCUGAUGGAGAGAGAUUGGGAGGUUUGAUACCUGCUGAAGGCUUAGACUUGGGCCUAGAUGAAGCCCUGCAGGAAGACGAGGAAAUGCUGCUGCUUGCUUCCCAUCCCAGAGUCCUCUUUACAGCCUCCCCUAUACCUCCCAAACACCCGCCUCUGCAGCUCCUGCUGGACUCGGGCCUUCUACCUGAGAAAGAAGAAGAUGACGAGGACAAAGGUGAAGAACAGAGCAGGACGCAACUGGAGAACAUAGGCAAUCCAAGCCAGGACGGUGACGGAGAGUCCUACAGGAAUCUGCUGCUAGGUCUCUCUGCCUCUGUGGAACAGUCACCAGCACCUUCCUCUGAGCACCCUCACAAAAUACACCGUAACAAACGGCAGGUGGGGUUGGAGGGUCGGGAGCGAGCUGCCUGUGAGUCUGUCAGCAUGUGGGUGACGGACAGGAAGACGGCCAUGGACUUUAAGAUGCGAAACGUCACUGUGGUUGACUUUUUCGAGACCAAGAAGGGUAACAGGCUUGCACAAAUCUUCUAUGAGACCAGAUGUCGUGGGGCUAAAAACAAGACACCAUCUGGGGAGCAUGGCGUGGCUGGGGGGGACUGCCUGGGGGUGGACAAGAAGCACUGGAUAAGUGAGUGUCGGACUAAACAUACGUACGUGAGGGCAUUUACCUCGGACAGCAGUGGAAGAACGUUCUGGAACUGGAUCCGCAUAGACUCAUCCUGUGUAUGUGUGCUGAAGUCCAGAAACCACAGAAACCAGUGGCAGGGAAGAGGGACUAGAUGAAAGAGAGAAAUCUUUCUCUAUUCCUAUCUUUCCUUAUAGGCACGUAGAAAGAAAGAGAGGAGAAGAGGAUUGAAUAAGAUAUCAGACGAAAAUCGAGAGGGAGCUACUAGGGAUGCUCCAAUCAGAUCUGAAAUUCAGAAGCAGUCAAGGCAUAUUUUAAUGGAUUGUUAUUGGUUAUAUGCUGCUACUUUCUUAAUGCUGUCUUAAUGCUAUCAUAGGGGUGACAUUAAUGGACAUGUCACAGUUAACAAGAGGUUAAUUGCUAAUUGUCUGCAGAGUGAAACUAUUCUAAAAAUGAAAGUAGCUUUGUAGCCUCUUGCCUUAAUCAAAGGUGCUCUUAAUCAAAACGCAAUGGCAGUUCAGGCAUUGAUCUUUGUUUAAAACUGGGUAAAACUAGCUGCGCUUAAAAUGGAAACACGUUUCUAUGUUACACCAAGCAUUGUAGCCAGAGUAUUAUAUAGGGUCUGCGUUUUCCCCACUGUAAAAUAAACUAACACACAACUUGAGACAUUUUAAAAUGGCAUACUUUUGGUGCCACCCAGCUUUUUAGCACUUUUUUAGUACAAUAUACAUUACCCAGCGUUGUGGAUGAAAAGUAAACAAUGUAAGUCAUACUGUGGCUUUACAAUAUGUGACAAAAAAACAAAAGGUAUUUUUGUUAAAACGUGGUAGAAACAGGCCUAUGCAUGUAAGUGCAAGAGUAUCAGCAAAAUUCGAAUUGAGCUAAGCUAAUAGUACAUGUUAAUCUCAAAUGCAUUGCGAAUUAUUCUAUACAAAAAAGCUUUUUUAAUGAUGUUUAAAUGUAAUAGAUGGUGAAACAAGCCUAUAAACAAGUACAAGAGUAUACAUUCAAAUUCAGCUACAUUCAAAUUCAGCUAACAGUACUUGUUAAAAUAUCAGAAGGUAGGCUAUAGAAAUCAAACUUUAAGAUGCACCAGUUUAUAAUUGCACCUUGGCCUGAGUUGAAAUCGUGGGGUACAGUCACUAUUUCCCACCGCUAAUUGUUAGAUUCAGAGCAUGUUGGAGCGACUGAAAUGCAGAAGUUGUGUGUUCAGUCAUUCUAGUAAAAGAGCUGAUUUUGAGGGUGAAACACAGUUGAGAGUGUCAUGCUGUGCAUGUUUUACUUAGGCAUUUUGAUGUAACUGAUAGCCUAGCACAGCUUACUUAUUGUUUUAAAUGUACUUUUUAGGUGUGACUGCAUUGUGUGUGAACAUUUAGCGUUAGAAUCCGAGGCAGAUUGGAACAUCCCUAGUAACUACAGACUGGCUAGUGCAGGUUCCUCCCAGUCAGUGGGAAUGUUCAGGAAAUUCAGCUCUUCUGCUAAAAAGCCCUGUAUGAACACAUCUCUCUCUCUCUCUCUCUCUCUCUCUCUCUCUCUCUCUCUCUCUCUCUCUCUCUACUAGUCCAUUUAUCUAAUCCAUGUCAGCUUGUACCAGUUGGCCAGUGUAAUUACUGCAGACAUUAAAGGAAUAAUUGGUUGAAAAGACAGACAUGCACAAUUUUCCUCUUCGCUGUAGCGCUCUGGAGCUCUGUGGCUAAUAUAGCUAACAAGUGAUGUUAGCUAGUUGUAUACCCUCUACAAUUAGCAUUGUGCUAACUGCAUGUCUUAACAUACUUGCCUCAAACAACAGCAACACAUCUCAAACAGAAUGCUUUAGGUGGUUUCUAAGUGGUAAAAAUGGGCAAGUGUACAGAAAACUUCAGGCUUCAAAGUGGCUAUGCUGCUGCUUUUAGCUAUUCAGGCUACAAGGUGGCUAUGCUGCUGUUUUUAGCUGUGCAGGUGUACUGUAGUCCAUGUUUAACAGUCUGUCAGUGUCAGAAACCACAUAAUAAAGUCUAUUAGAGAUACUGAACAACUCCGCGCAGCUUGAGGCGAGUGUGUGAUCAUUCAGCAAUGCAGUUAGCAUUAUGCUAAUGGGUAUACAUAAGCUUGUUCGCUGUAUUAGCCUCAUAGCCUUCGGUGCACAACUGAAGACCCAACAGUUCAGACACCGAACAUGUCUUGGCUGAUCAGAGACAUCUGAAGGGGAAGAUUAUGCAAAUUUGAUUUUCUGCCAAACGGCUCUUUAAAAACGACACAACCUCAGUUCAGGAUUUAGGUCAAAUCUUUUUUGUAUUUCCGCCACAAGUGAUUUCAGUCAAUGCUGUUAUGUUUUUUUCCGUUACAUAUCUAUUAUAAACAGACUGUAAGUUAUUACUUGUUAAUUAGUAUGUAAGCACGCGUACUUGUGAUAUUAAUAUAUUUCUUUGUAAAUGUUUUACACGUAAAACACACUCAUCUAUGUAAGUAUGUAAUUAUGUAUAUAUUUAUAGAUUAAAGACAGUCAUGAGGACAGUCGGCCUCAGAGCGGUGUAAAGAUCCCUCUAGUGGAUGAGCUCAGAGCUGCCUGAUCCAGACCCAUCCUGUUGCCUCAUAUCAGACGCCCUGUGCUCCGCAGUGUGGGCCGCUGUGAACUCCACGCAGAGACUUGCUUUAAAUUAUAUGCCAUUGUGCACUGCCUGGUAUGAAAUGACUUGAGGGAAGAUUUGACUUUUCAACUCACAACAUAUUAUUUACUGUUGUGAGAGAUUUAUAGAGUUCUAUUUUACUUAGACUUGUUUUUUUACAGAAAAACAGACCAUGUAAUUAAAAGUACAUACAUGAUUGAGUAGAUAUUUAUAUAUGUUCAUGGUUUGUGAUUCUCAUAGAUGAGAAA